AUGUCUGUAACUUUAAAAAAUAUUAUUGCACCAACACCAGCAACUACUCGUGGUAAAUCAGUAGCAAUUAAUGGUGACCCAAAGGGUGAAAAUAUUGUAUAUGCAAGUGGUAGCAGUAUUAUUAUUAGAAAUGUAAAGAAUCCAAUGGUAGCAGAUAUUUACUAUGAACAUCCAUGUCAAACCACUGUUGCAAAGUAUGCACCAAGUGGUAAUUAUAUUGCAAGUGGUGAUGUUCAAGGUAAUUUACGUAUUUGGGAUACAUUACAAAAGGAACAUAUCUUAAAAGCAACUUACAAAGUAUUGAAUGGUGCAAUCCUUGAUAUUGCAUGGACAUCAGAUAAUCAACGUUUAGUUGUAGUUGGUGAUGGUAAAGAGAGAUUUGGUGCAGCCAUCCUUUGGGAUAGUGGUUCAUCAUGUGGUGAAAUCACUGGUCACUCAAAGAUGAUUCUCUCUUGUGACAUUAAAUCAACUCGUCCAUUCAGAGCCGCCACUGGUAGUGAAGAUUUUGCAGUCAAUUGGUUCGAAGGUCCACCAUUCAAAUUCCAAAAGAAUAUUGCCGCCGGUGAUUUCACUCGUUUCGUAAAUUGUGUUAGAUUCUCACCAGAUGGAAACAAAUUAGUAACUGUUGGUGCCGAUAAGAAAGCCUUUGUUUAUGAUGGUAAAACCGGUGAGAAAUUAAUUGAACUUAACCCAGCCCAACAACAUACUGGUGGUAUUUAUGGUUGCAGUUGGUCCGCUGAUAACAAUCGUGUUCUUACCGCCUCUGCCGAUAAAUCCUGUAAAAUUUGGGAUACCACCACUGGUCAAUGUAUAAAUAGCUUCACCUUUGGUAGUGAUGUUAAUGAUCAACAAUUGGGUUGCCUCUGGUUUGGUGAUUCUUUACUCUCUGUAAAUUUAGCUGGUGAAAUCUCAACACUCAAUUUGGACGAUGUUGCCAAACCAUCACGUGUCAUCAAAGGUCACAAUAAAUUAGUUGGUACUAUUGCUUUCGAUAAAAACGCUGGUUCACUCUAUUCCGCCUCUUAUGAUGCUUCACUCUUACAAUGGGAUCUUUCAACUGGUCUCGCCACCAAUUUCACUGGUCCAGCUCACAAGAAUCAAAUUACCUCAAUUAAAAUCAAUGGUGAUCAACUCAUUACUUGCGCUAUGGAUGAUAGUGUUAAAAUCUCAAGUAUCUCUAAAAAAACCUAUGGUGAAAGUAUUGGUGUAGAUAGUCCAGCUCAAGCUGUUGCUUUCUCUGGUGAUGUUGUCGUUGCUGUCUCAAUGAAAACCAUUUAUGUCAUUAAAGGUGGUAAAAUCGUUUCACAAACUGCUGCCACUUGGGAACCAACCUCUGUUGCCAUCAAUGAUACUGAAGUUUCAGUCGGUGGUAAAGAUAACAAGAUUCACGUUUUCACUCUCAGUGGUAACAAUUUAACUGCCAGUCAUACUUUAGAUAAUCAUCGUGGUGCUAUUACCGAUCUUUCAUACUCACCAUGUGGUAAAUAUUUAGCUUCAGGUUGUUCAAAUCGUGAAGUUAUCGUUUGGAGUGGUAAAGAAGCCAAAUCUAAAGGUUGGGUUAACCAUACCGCUCGUAUUAAUGCUGUCGCUUGGUCUAAUGAUUCUAAAUUUGUUGCCUCUGCUUCACUCGAUUCUCAAAUUUACAUUUGGAAUGUUGAAAAUCCAACCGCUUCACCAGUUCAAGUUAAAAACUCUCAUUUAGGUGGUGUCAAUGAUGUUAUUUAUGGUUCAAACAAUGAAAUUUUCUCUGCAGGUAAUGAAGGUGCUAUUAAAAUUUGGAAUGUAUCAAAUUAA